CGGAGAGGAAAACGCAGCAGCCUUUUGGCACAGAGUAAACUCAUGCUCGUCUCUCUGACAGAAGCACGCGCUGGAUCGGACAGAAGGGGAGAAACAAAUAUGAGUAAAGUUUGUCCUAAACGGUGUUCUUUUAAACGUGGUUUCUGCAAAGGUAUACGGACUAUUUAGACGUUGCGCCUCAGUUUGGCAGCAGGAGGUCUUCAUCUGUUCCAUCUCUACAGAGGAUUUACGCACAGCGGUGUUGCCGGGAAAAAGUUCUCAAACUGCUGUUUUGUGCGCAGGAAUAAGCAACUUCUUUACGCAAACUAAAAGAAGCUUUUUCCUUCAACUUUAUGAGUGAUUUAGCACUUUUAACACAUUUUAAACUUGAACUGUGAUUUUAUUUAUAUUUAAGGUGCAUUUAUUCGUGGAUUAGAACAAAGCCGGAUCUCAACCAGACACCAAACCAUCUGAAGCUUUAUGCCUUGGGGGAUGGCAGCAGCCACCUCAGGUCCAUACCUCGCCAGCAGCAGGAUUUUGUCCGGUUCCUUCGUCCACUCUGAUCGCAGAGGUGUUGGCAUGCAGCCGGGCAGCCCCGCCGUGACCACUGUGACUGGGGGUUACAGAGGGGACCCUUCAAUUAAGAUGGUGCAAAGUGACUUCAUGCAUUCGGCCAUGGUGGCGAGCAACGGCGGAAACAUGCUGAGCCACGCGCACCAGUGGGUGACAUCUCUCCCUCAUGCUGCAGCUGCGGCGGCUGCGGCCGCGGCGGUUGCAGCAGAGGCCGGUUCUCCAUGGCCACCCAGCUCCCAGCCACAAGAGGUGAAGAGAAACGCGAGCAGGAAUGAGCUCCACUCAGGCUCUGCGCUGCACCACAGGUCCCCGCACAUUGGAGCUCACCAGACGCACGCGGGGAGUUGGGGAGGCAACUCCGCCGCGCACAUCAGCAUCACCGAGGGGCAGCAGCAGCAGCAGCAGUCUCUGGUUUACUCCCAGCCUGGAGGAUUUACAGUCAACGGCAUGUUGAGCUCACACACCGGACAAAGCCUCAUGCACUCGGGGCUGGUGCGCGGAGAGUCCCCUGAGCUGGAUCAUCAUCAUCACCACCACCAUCACCACCACCAAAAUCACCACGCGCACCAUCAGCAGCAUCACGGAGUGGGCCAAGAGUCGCAGUCAGACGAGGACACCCCCACGUCUGAUGACUUGGAACAUUUCGCCAAACAAUUCAAGCAGCGACGGAUCAAACUGGGUUUUACGCAGGCGGACGUGGGCUUGGCAUUGGGGACCUUGUACGGUAACGUGUUCUCCCAGACCACCAUCUGCAGGUUCGAGGCGCUUCAGCUCAGCUUUAAGAACAUGUGCAAGCUGAAACCUCUGCUCAACAAAUGGCUGGAAGAGGCCGACUCCACCACCGGGAGCCCCACCAGCAUCGAUAAAAUCGCUACUCAAGGGAGGAAGAGGAAAAAACGCACAUCCAUCGAGGUGAGCGUCAAAGGCGCACUGGAGAGCCACUUCCUCAAGUGUCCCAAACCGUCCGCGCAGGAAAUCAACUCCCUGGCAGACACCCUGCAGCUGGAGAAGGAGGUGGUCAGAGUCUGGUUCUGCAAUCGUAGGCAGAAGGAGAAGCGCAUGACGCCGCCAGGACUCCCGCGCACACCCGAGGAUGCGUACUCACAGGUGGGAGGCAUGGGACCUGACACACCGUCCCCCUCCAUAGAGUGCAAGAGGAUGUACAACGACACGUGAAAAACAAACAGAUGGACAAGGAGAUUUAAAGGGAUUGACUCGUUUUUUAAGAAAAUAAUUCCCCGACUGUCCAGAACUUCCUGUUAAAAUGUUAUCCAUCAAAAGGAAAAAUCAGUGUUAGUUCAUUCCAGAACAGGACACUUUUAUGUUUGGUUGUUUUUCUGUACUAUAACUCAGCCUCUAUUGGACUGAAACCUACAAACAAAAACAUAAAAUGAGUAUUUUGAAAGACAAAAACAAAACAAACAAAAAAAAAAUAAACAAGAAACAAUUCAGAGGCUAAAAAAGUUUCUUUCAGCAAAACUUGCUGUAAUGUUUAAUCUGUGAUGCUGCAGAACUGUAAGUUUGGGCAAAGAUUUUGAUUUACUGGCUUUAUAAUAAGAUUUUUUCCAGCAAUAAUUUGAGUGUUUUUCAUAUUAUGUGUUGUGCAUCAGUGGAUUUAUGUUGUUACACACAUUUCAACAAGCAACUAAAAACAUUCCUACACAGUUUUCCUUUUUGAAAAAUCUAAUUUCCUUCAUGUUUUUGUGUAACUCUAAUGUUUUUCUUGUGUGAUGAUCUAUUUAUUUUAUUCUCUGUGUUUAUUUUCAUGGAAGUCUAAUAUUUUAAUAAAAUUGACACAAGUUUAUGUUGAAAUGAUCAUUUGCUGCCUGACACAAAAACAAAGAGGACCAAACUACGUGUUUUUAUCUGAGAGGAUUCAAGUGUGGAGAAAAAAAAGUAUUUAAAAUCUGCCAGAUGAUGGACAUGAAGCAUAACUUCACCUCAUCUGGAUUUAAUAAAUAAACAAUUAAUUUGACUGGUUUUCUGAUUGAAUCUGAGAUCCUGAGCCUUUUCACCGGGUUAAUGCUGCAUCGACCAGCCAAUGUGACAAGGCUGCAGACUGCAGCUUCAUGGAACAUCGCCAACCGAGGUCGGCUGUCCCAGAUGUCGAUUCACCUCAGCAGCGGUUGCCAAGGUGACAGUGAGAUGGAGUGACACGAGGCAGCAGCAGAUCUUUUGCCACAGAUGAUGGUAGUCAGGCACAAGAUGUGGAUGGAGUUGUGACGAACGGUCGUCCGUGCCUUUAUUAUAAUUAAAGUCUGUCCUUACACAAACGCUCAGUGAGAAUCACGUCUUGGAUAAAGUCACUAAUGGUUAAAGCAAAAUGGCGAGAAAGGUCAAAGGUUGUCUGCAGCUGACAGACAAAAACAGAAAGGAGUGAAUACAAACACAACAGGUAACAUAUUACUGUUAAUGAUAGACUCCUUAAGCAAUUGCACACACACACACACACACACACACACACACACACACACACACACACACACACACACACACACACACACACACACACACACACACACACUUUUGGGUACUCGACCAAAUAAUCAUCGCCGAGUAUCUAAAAAUGUGUGUGUGUGUGUGUGUGUGUGUGUGUGUGUGUGUGUGUGUGUGUGUGUGUGUGUGUGUGACUUAACAGACUAGACAAAUGAUGAUAGUUAAACAAAGAAUAAUUUAGUUUAACCCAACAGAAAUAAAAUAUUAUUGAAAUGGCCAAAAGAUUCCAGAAAACCAAACAAACACAUUCAUUUUUUGUUGUUUUCAGAUUUUGUUGUCGCGUUGCGUUCAGGCUCGUCACCGUUUUCUGUCAUGUUUUGUCAUUUAUUUGCAUUCCCCGCUGUUGUUGUCAAUAAAAUAGUUUUACAUUUGUUGAUUGUUGUUGGUAAUUUUGAAUGAACUUCCUGUCAUGUUUGGGAACAGUAAAUCAUUAUGACUGACUUCAUAAACUGAAACUGUUUUCGAUCAAAAGAAUUAAAAACCAUUGCUCUUU